AUGAACGCUCCAGAGUCCGACGUCAAAUUCGUGCCCAAGCAGGCAAUAGCUCCCACGCCUGCACUUUAUGUUGAACUCGUAGCCGAUGGCAUGGAAAAUCUGGCGAAAGCUUCUCUCGGCUGUGUUCCGGCUAUUGCAGACGGUGCGAUUAUCAAUGACAACGGCUGUGGCCCCGGGGCUGCCAGUGCAGCUGUCGCAGAAGCCAUCAGCGGCAGGUCGCUGAACGUGUCCAUCAAAGCUACCGACAUUAACGAAGAUGCCCUCAAGAUCUACCGACAGCGAUCAACAGAGAACCACUGGCCCGCAGAAGCCAUCAACAUGGACGCCACUGCUCUUACAUUUUCUGACGAGACAUUUACCUUAUCGCUCAACAACGCACUACUCUUUUUCCUGCCUGACGAUUCAGGCAUCGACGUCGUCAAAGAAGUGUACCGCACUCUUAAGCCCGGAGGUAAGGCCGUCUUCAACUCGUGGAAGUACAUACCAAAUUUAGAGCCCAUCCAGGCUGCCGCCAAGGCGACACGCCCCGAGGGGACGCCGCUACCUCGCGUUGACGCUGAGAAGUGGUCGCGCGCAGAGUUUCUGCAAAGCGUCAUUGAACAAGGAGGUUUCGAGAAAGACAAGGUUAUCAUAGAGACCCGUGAUGUAUCCGUCACAACAUCAGAGAUGGAUCGCUACGCUAAUAUGCUUUGGAGUUUCAUUGGCGGUACGUCGCCUGUUGGCUGGCUGCAUUCGGACGAGGAGAACUGGGACAAUGCAAUCAACGUCGUCAAGCAGGAGCUGAGAAAGACGGAGGGCUAUCAGCAGCUUCCUGGCGGUAAAAACCUCCUCAAAUUCGUUGCCAAUGUUGCUGUCGCCACUAAGUAA